AAAGAGAAAUACUAGAACUUUUGAAGAAGGAUCUCAACAAGAAAAAGGAAGAAGUUGAAGCUGCCAUGAACACAGUCAGUGGAGAGAGAGCCAUACUCAGUCAGAUGAAUACAGACAUUGAAAAAGAGAAAGAAAUACUAAUCAAUGAGAAAGAAGGAUGGAAGAAAACAUUUGAGAUGGAAAAACAAGACCUUGAAAACUUGAAGGCAGCGCUGAUUCAAGACAGAGAGGAUCUGGAUAGAAUGAAUGAGAUGAUGAGAAAAGAGAAGAUGGACUUGGAGCUGAUGAGGUCUGAUAUUCCAAAGGAGAUUGGGACAUUAAAACAAGAUAAAGAUGAUGAAGUACAAUUAAAGGAACCCAAGAUCACAAGACUGACACAAGAACAGCAAACAAGUGAGAGCAUUGUACUGGGGGAAAGAGAAGAAGUGGAACUUUUGAAGAAGGAUCUCAACAAGAAAAAGGAAGAAGUUGAAAUUGCCAUGAACAGCAUCAGGGGAGAGAGAGAACAACUCAGUCAGAUGAAAAUGGGCAUUGAGAAAGAGAAAGAAAUACUUCUUAAUGAGAAACAAGAAUGGAAGAGAACAUUUGAGAUGGAAAAACAAGAUCUUGAAAACGUGAAGGCAGUGCUGAUUCAAGACAGAGAGGAUCUGGAUAGAAUGAAUGAGAUGAUGAGAAAAGAGAUGCUGGAAUUGGAGCUGAUGAGGUCUGAUAUUCCAAAGGAGAUUACGAUAUUAGAACAAGAUGAACAGGAAGAAACAGGACUGAAGGAACCCAAGAUCACAAGACUGAUGCAAAAACAGCAAACAAGUGAAAGCAUUGUACUGGAAGAAAGAGAAGUGGAACUUUUGAAAAUGGAUCUCCACAAAAAGAAGGAAGAAGUUGAAGCUGCCAUGAACAACAUCAGUGGAGAGAGAGAACAACUCAGUCAAAUGAAAAUGGGCAUUGAGAAAGAGAAAGAGAAACUUUUCAAUGAGAAAGAACAAUGGAAGCAAAUGUUUGAGAUGGAAAAACAAGACCUUGAAAACUUGAAGUCAGAGCUGAAACAAGAGAGAGAAGAUCUAGGUAAGGUGAAUGAAAUGAUGAAAAAAGAGAAACUGGACUUGGAGCUGAUGAGUUCUGGCAUCCAGAAGCAGAUCAGUCCAUUAGAGCAAAAUAAAAAAGAAGAAGAAGAACUGAAGGAACCCAAGAUCACAAGACUGAAACAAGAACAGAAAACCAGUGAGACCACUGCACUGCCAGAUAAAGAAGAACUUGAACUUUUGAGAAAGGAUCUGAAAAAGAAAGAAGGGGAAGUUGAAGCUGUCAUGAACAGCAUCACUGGAGAGAGAGAACAACUCAGUCAGAUGAAGAUGGGCAUCGAGAAAGAGAAAGAAAUACUUCUCAAUGAGAAAGAAGAAUGGAAGCAAAUGUUUGUGAUAGAAAAACAAGAACUUGAAAGCUUGAAUGCAGCACUGAAACAAGACAGAGAGGAUCUAGAUCAAAUGAAUGAGAUGAUGAAGAAAGAGAAGCUGGGAUUGGAGCUGAUGAGGUCUGAUAUCCAGAAACAGAUUAAUAAAUUAGAACAAGAUAAAGAUGAUGAAGUACAAUUAAAGGAACCCAAGACCACAAGACUGACACAAGAACAGCAAACCAGUGAGAGCAUUGUACUGGGGGAAAGAGAAGAAGUGGAACUUUUGAAGAAGGAUCUCAACAAGAAAAAGGAAGAAGUUGAAAUUGCCAUGAACAGCAUCAGGGGAGAGAGAGAACAACUCAGUCAGAUGAAAAUGGGCAUUGAGAAAGAGAAAGAAAUACUUCUUAAUGAAAAAGAAGAAUGGAAGAGAACAUUUGAGAUGGAAAAACAAGAUCUUGAAAACUUGAAGGCAGUGCUGAUUCAAGACAGAGAGGAUCUGGAUAGAAUGAAUGAGAUGAUGAGAAAAGAGAUGCUGGAAUUGGAGCUGAUGAGGUCUGAUAUUCCAAAGGAGAUUGGGACAUUAAAACAAGAUAAAGAUGAAAAAGUAGAACUGAAGGAACCCAAGAUCACAAGACUGACACAAGAACAGCAAACAAGUGAGAGCAUUGUGCUGGCAGAAAGAGAAGAAGUGGAACUUUUGAAGAAGGAUCUCAACAAGAAAAAGGAAGAAGUUGAAAUUGCCAUGAACAGCAUCAGGGGAGAGAGAGAACAACUCAGUCAGAUGAAUAUGGGCAUUGAGAGACAGAAAGAACUACUUUUCAAUGAGAAAGAAGAAUGGAAAAGAACAUUUGAGAUGGAAAAACAAGACCUUGAAAACUUGAAGGCAGCUCUGAUUCAAGACAGAGAGGAUCUGUAUAGAAUGAAUGAGAUGAUGAGAAAAGAGAAACUGGAAUUGGAGCUGAUGAGGUCUGAUAUUCCAAAAGAGAUCAGGACAUUAGAACAAGAUAAAGAUGAAGAAGAACAACUGAAGGAACCCAAGAUCACAAGACUGACACAAGAACAACUAACCAGUGAGACCAUUGUACUGACAAAAAGAGAAGAAAUUGAACUCUUGAGAAAGGAUCUCGACAAGAAAAAGGAAGAAGUUGAAGCUGCCAUGAACAACAUCACUGGAGAGAGAGAACAACUGAGACUGUUAAAGAUGGACAUUGAGAGAAAGAAUGAAAUAUUUUUCAGUGAGAAAGAAGGAUGGAUGCAAACGUUUGAGAUGGAAAAACAAGACCUUGAAAACUUGAAGGCAGCGCUCAAACAAGACAGAGAGGAUCUGUAUGGUAUGAAUGAGAUGGUGAGGAAAGAGAAACUGGACUUGGAGCUGAUGAGGUCUGACAUCCAGGAGCAAAGGCAUACAUUGGACCAAGAUAAAAAUGAUGACAUAGAACUAAAGGAAUCCAAGACCACAACUCUGAUGCACGAAAUGCAAAGCAGUGACCACACUGAACUGGCAGAAAGAGAAGAAGUGGAACUUUUGAAGAAGGAUCUCAACAAAAUGAAGGAAGAAGUUGAAGCUGCAAUGAACACAGUCAGUGGAGAGAGAGAACAACUCAGUCAGAUGAAAAUGGACAUUGACAGAAGAAAUGAAAUACUUUUCAUUGAGAAAGAAGGAUGGAAGCAAAUGUUUGAGAUAGAAAAACAACAUCUUGAAAAUGUUAAAGAUCAGAUGAAAGAAGAGAAAGAGGAUCUGGAUAGAGUGAAUGAGAUGAUGACGAAGAAAAAACUGGACUUGGAUCUGAUGAGGUCUGACAUCCUCAAACAAACUGACAUUUUAACACGAGAUAAAGAAGUUAUGAAAGAUGAGAAAGACCAAUUAGAAGUCACAAUAGCUGAGCUUCAUAAGAAAAAAGAACAUGCAGACAGUAUGUUUGAUGAGAUAAACAGAGAGAAAACCAACAUUGAAGCUGCCGUGAACAGCAUCAGUAGAGAGAGAGAACAACUCAGUCAGAUGAAGAUGGAUAUUGAGAAAGAGAAAGAAAUGCUUUUCAGUAAAAAAGAAGGAUGGAAGCAAACAUUUGAAAUCAAAAAACAAGACCUUGAAAACUUGAGGGCAGAGCUGAAACAAGACAGAGAGGAUCUGGAUAGAAUGAAUGAGAUGGUGAGGAAAGAGAAAAAGGAAUUGGAGCUGAUGAGGUCUGAUAUCCCAAAGCAGAUUAGUACAUUAGAACAAGAUAUACAUGAAGAAGUAGAACUGAAGGAACCCAAGAUCACAAGACUGACACAAGAAGAACUAACCAGUGAGACCAUUGUACUGGCAGAAAGAGAAGAAGUGGAAUGUUUGAAGAGGGAUCUCAAUAAGAAGAAGGAAGAAGUUGAAGCUGCAAUGAACAGCUUCACUGAAGAGAGAGAACAACUCAGUCAGAUGAACAUGGAAAUUGAGAGGGAGAAAGAAAUACUUUUCAAUGAGAAAGAAGAGAUUCAAGAUCAAAAGUGUGAGCUAAAAAUGAGAGAGGAUCAACUCAUGACUGAAAUGAAAUCAGUUGAAACUCUCAGAGUCAAACUCAGACAUUUUAAUGAAAGAUUGACUGAAGAUAUCAAACACCAUCUGGAUAAAUUACAGCAAAGCCAUCAACAUUUACUAAAGCUGUCCACUUUAUUGGAACAAAAACUUGCAGAACUUGAUGAACAGAGAGAAAACAUGACUUGUUACUCUGAGUUGUUAAAGAGAGAAAAGGAAGGUCUGACAAGUAUCCUGUCAGACAUUAGAGAGGAAAUGGAAAAAGAAUGGAAGAAAAAGUUUGAGUUGGAAAAACAAGAACUUGAAGACCUAAAGGCAGAGCUGAAACAAGAGAGAGAGGAACACGAGCUGAUGAGGUCUGACAUCCAGAAGCUGAUUAAUACAUCAGAAAUAGAUAAACAAUAUAUAAAAGCAGAGAAAGAUAAGUUGAUACAAAAGAGUAAUGAAACCACAGAACAUCUCCAUCUCCUUGAUGAGAUAACCCAAGAAAAGGAGAAACUCCAUCAAUUGCAGACACAUGUUGAAAGUGAGAGAGAAAGGAUUUUAGUUGAACAUAUUAGAAUGGAAGAAGAACUGUCCGAGCUGAAAAUCAGAAAGGGCCAGCUCACUAAUGUAAUGAACUCCAUGGAAACUUUUAGAGACAAGCUAAAACAGUUUAAUCAAAGGACAUAUGAAGAAUUUAGAAAGAAUAUGGACAGAUUAGAGCAGAAAAACGGAGAAAUACUGCAUUUCAACACAAUACUUGAACACAAGUGUUGUGAACUUAAUGAACAGAAAAAUAAGAUUAUUAGUCACUAUGACCUGAUACAAAAAGAGGAAAAACAUGUGCUGUUAAUGAAGUGUGAUAAGGCUGUACAAACUAUGUCUGUAGGAGAAGAAUUGCUCCAAGGGCAUGAUGUCAAAGAGAAGGAUGCUCUGCACACAAGUGUUAUGAUCGAGACUGAAGAAUUUGGACAUUGGUCGAAGUUAAAGGAAGAUACACGUGAUACUGAAAGAAAAGAUAAACACGUCGAAACUGAGAGGGAAGAUCUGCUGAUGGUGAUGGGGUAUGAAGAAGUGGAAAAUGAAAUGAAACAGAAGCUUACAAGCAUAUCUGAGUUGACAGAAGAGCAAGAAGAUCUAACAGAUGGGAACAUUUCAAAAAGUGAUCGUUUGCGAAAGAUGUGGAAGGAUACAAAAAGCGAACGGAAGGAGAUAGAUCAGAUGAAGCGGAGGAGUCAUGAGAUGAAAAACAACCUGGAGAAAAGACUAAAGGUGAUCAGUCAGUUUGUUAAGAGAACAUGGAGACAGAGAGAAAAGGAACCAAAGCUGGAACAAGGACUAACUGGGACAAGUCAAAGUGACUGGGAGAGAGACUGCAAAACACUUGAUGAAAAACACACAGAGCUCCAACAGCUUAAGGUUCAGAUGCUCAGUGAGAUUGGGAAACUCCAGGUCAAAGACAAAGUGUUGAGGACAGUGAAAGCCAGCGACAAAGCUAAUCAAACAGUCCAGGUGGAUAAAACCACAGAAGCCUCCACUGAAACAUAUCAAGAGCUGAUGAAGGGUGAAGACACUGAAGCAGCUCCACACACAUGCAGCAGACUCCUCCACCAGCUCCGGCAAUGCUGCUAUCGCUGCUGCUGCCGUCCUUCCUGUGACUGCUGUGGGCAGCUGUGCCCAGAGGAGAGAUGAGACACAGGCCUUGACAUGAAGAUUCUGUCUGCUCUGGACAGCCCAUCACCAGCCUGAUGUCAAAUUUCCUGUUUCAAGUUGAUAAAAAUGGCUUAAAUGAAAUCAAAUUAUUCAUUUGACACUUUUUAAACAGGACACAAUGUUAAGUUAUGUUUUUACUUCACAGUGCAAAAUGUGUGAUGUUUGUAUGUCUCCAAAAACGCUUUACCUUUGUCAUCAACAUAGAAGCAUAGGAUUUAGUAAGAUAAUAAGAUACAAUAGUGUGCUUUAAGUAUGAGUACUUAUUUUUUAGUUUGCAGUUCCUGAUUAAUAUUUCUUUAUUACAAUAUUAUUAAUUACAAUUUAUUAAACUUGUGAAUUAAUGUCAGAAAGGUGUCCCCUUUGUACUUAAUUACAGAGAAUCUUUAGUAUUUCAGAAGUGACCAUGUUUAAAUUGCUUUACAUGUGUUUGUUGAUUGUUUUUCUUACUUAUCUGUUACAAUUUUUUAAGAAAACUACAUACAAUAUUCACAAAGCUCUAUAUACUUUAAUGCUGUAUUAAGAAUACACAGUUGCAUGUUUUAAUGUAUUUCUUGAAUAAAGCUUUAUGUGUAAAAUAAAA